GACGACGACGAAAAAAAGACGAAGAAAGACCGAAACCGAAACCGAGACCGAAGACGCAUGCCACACAACUCAAAACUAAACGAAUUUUUAAGAGUCGCGUGUUUCGAAUCAGAAAAAGAAAAUCACUUAUUACUAUUUAUUAUACAACUGCAAGUCAAGUGAAGCGUUGCCUCGUUGAAAGUGCAAUCGAUAAUCAAUAAUCGCUGCUGCGAUCGUUAAUCGGUAAUCGCGCGAUCGUGUGCUUAAACCUGCUUUGCGAGUAUAUAACGUAAUCGUGCAACGCGAGUUUCCAGUUGUUUUCGUAGUUGUUGUUGCCGUUGUAGCGUAGCAUGUGGGCCAGGGGCCAAAGCUGAAAGCGGGCAAUUGCUGCCAGCAGCCAGUCAGCGCUGACCAAUGCUAAUUUAGCAACCCCUCAGAAAAGAAAAAAAAAAGAUAAAAAGAAAAACAAUCAACAACGAUUUCGAUUUGCCAGCAACAACAACCACAACUGAGCUUACAAAACCCACAAAAAGUGUCAAUUACAACAGCCGCAGCAACACACCCAAAGACACACACACACACAAACAUGGCCAGCAUACGCUUGAGAUCGCUGCCGUUGUUGUUGCUGCUGCUAUCGAGCAGCGUGCAAAGCACGCGUCUGCCGCUUGAAGUCUACGAGCUGACGCCGACGUCCAGCGGCAGCGAUGACAGCGCCAAACACAAGACGCUGGAGUACACCAUCUACGAUGCCAAAGAGACGUUGCCAACAGGUGCGCCACCAACAGCAGCAGCAGCAGCAGUAGCAGCCACAGCUACAACAGCAACCACAACGACAACGACGACGACGAGCAGCGAAAAGCCGCUAACUGUUGCUGUUGUCAGCAUCUCCAGCGAGCAGAAGGAGCAACAGGAGUCGGAACCAGCGAAACGGCGAGCGCGCCAAAUGUUGCAGCAGCAACAUCGCCUAAGCGGCAGCAGCAACACCAACAACAACAACAACAACAGGCAUGCGCAUUCAAAGGAGCUGCGCAUACUCUAUCAAGUGGGGGACUCGGAAGAGGAUUUGCCAGUGUGUGCACCCAAUGCGGUCUGCUCUAAGAUUGAUCUCUACGAGACGCCUUGGAUUGAGCGACAAUGUCGCUGUCCGGAAUCAAAUCGCAUGCCCAACAACGUCAUUCUCCAUCAUCACGAGCAUCCACAUGCCGGACACGAACAAAAGUAUCGCAACUACUUCGAGAAAGAGAAAAUGUUGCAACACAAGCGAUUGCUACUCGGCGAGUUUCAGGACAAGAAAUUCGAGAGUUUGCAUCUGAAGAAACUGAUGCAGAAAUUGGGCGCAGUCUACGAAGAUGAUUUGCAGCUGCAGUCGGGCGAUUAUCUGGAACGUUCCCCCGACUACAACGAAGCAUUGCCGCAAUCCGGCUACGAGGAGUUGACGGACAACGAGUUACCACACUUGCCACAACCGCGAGGCUCGACGCACAUGCGACAUUCGGGACAUCGCGGCCUCAAGGAGGCGACCAGCUACAUUGGCGGCUGUCCGAGCAGUCUGGGCGUGGAGGAUGGACACACGAUUGCGGACAAGACGCGACACUAUAAGCUCUGUCAGCCGGUGCACAAGUUGCCCGUUUGCAAGCACUUUCGUGAUUACACCUGGACGUUGACUACGGCAGCGGAAUUGAAUGUCACCGAGCAGAUUGUCCACUGUCGCUGUCCCAAGAACUCGGUCACCUAUCUGACGAAGCGCGAACCCGUUGCCAAUGAUAGCACAGCCUAUCGCUAUCUCUUUGCCUGCUCGCCGUUGACUCGUCUACGCUGCCAGCGCAAGCAGCCCUGCAAGCUCUUCACGGUGCGUAAGCGUCAGGAGUUCCUCGACGAGGUCAACAUCAACUCGCUGUGCCAAUGCCCCAAAGGACAUCGUUGUCCCAGCCAUCACACGCAGUCGGGCGUCAUAACGGGCGAGAGUUUCCUUGAGGACAACAUACAGACCUAUUCUGGCUAUUGCAUGGCCAACGAUUGAAUUGAGUUUGCCGACUACUAUCUACUAUAUACAAAAUAUAUAUACACACAACAUAUAUAUAUAUAGAUAUGGGCUAUACAUAGGUUUAUCUAGGACUAUAUAUGCUUUUAUAAGUCGACUGAGCCAAUUGAGUCUCGCCAAGUUAACAAUUAAACUGAAACUAAAACUACAACUACAACUAUAACUGGGAUGCGUGUGUGUGAAUGUGUGUGUAAUGUAUACAUGUGUGUGUGCGUGUGUGUGUGCUGUGUGUAAAGUUGAGCAGAAGUUUUUUGUUUUUAGUUGCUACCAAAAUUUGGUCAUACAUCGUAAUAUAUAUAUAUAUAUAUCGGAUAUGUAAUAUGUAAUAACAAAUAAUCGAUAAUCUAAAAUAUGCAUAAAUAUAACUAUUUAAUUAGUUCUAAGGCGCAGUUUGUUAUACAAAUCAUUUGUAAUGAAUAUUUAUAAAGAGCGUAUUGAAAAUCUGUAACAUAGCCCCUCUUCUCCUUCUCCUCCCUUUUUUCACUCACUUAUUAAUUGUAUAUAUUAUACGCAGUUUCUUUGACAGCAAUUCCCCGGCUGCAAAUCCAACUCCCAUGCGUGCCAAAUUAAUAUGCAGCUUCUUUUUAUCUUACUCGCCCUCUUUUAGUUUUUAUUAAUGCAUUAAUUAAACAGAUUUAGCAACAAGUUGUACAGUUAGAAACUGUUUCGCAAGGCAGCGGCAGCAGCAGCAAUUUUUAAGAACGAAGCAUAACAAAAAUGAGUAUAUAAAUAUAUAACUUGCUUUAAUAUUUUUAUGAAAAUAUACACAUAUGUAAAGUUAAUAUUAAUCAUAAACAUAUUCAACGAACGAAUUAAAUCGCAUAUGCAAAAAUUUGUAAUUUCAAUUGUAAAAUUCUCUUAUUUAU